GUGGCCCAUGGCGAGAGCGGCGCCGGGCAGGGGCGUGUGCCGCCUCCGCCUCCGGCGCCGCGGCGGGCGCGUGAGCGACACGGGGCGGGGCGAGCGGGCAGCGAGGGCGUGGCCGUGGGCGUGUCCUUCCCCCGAGGGGGCGUGUUCAUGGCCCGCCUGGGUCGGAUCGGGCCGCUCUUCGCCUUUUGUUCCGUGGGAGGCGAGCGAGUGAGGCGCGGCGCCCGAGGCGGGAAGGCCGAGGCCAGGCCAGCGGGGGCCAUGGCCUACAUCCCCGGUCAGCCGGUCACGGCCGUGGUGGUGAGUGGAGGAGACGCCCUGCCCCCCCCCGGUGUGGGACCCCCCAAAACCCAGCCCUUCCCCCCAGUUUCAUUCUCCUCUAUGGGGCUGGGGGGGGGAGUGGGGAAGCCAAGGAUUUGCAAUAGUGAUUAACGUUGCUCUUAAUCGUUUUGUAAACCGCUUUGAGGGGGAAAACAGCCACAAGCGGCAUGCAAUUCUAAUGGAAGAAAUGUUGGGUUUAAAUCCGGAUUUAAAAUAAAACCCAUCUGCUCUGGAUGGGAAUAAUGCGUUAAUGCAGUAAUAACAAACGUCACGCUCGUUGGUGGCGAUUUGUUGCCCGCCCUUCACCCUGAGGGCCCAGGGCGGGUUGCAACAAUUAAAACAGCGCUAAAAAGAGUUUAAAACAGCUGACAGUCAGUGCUUUUCUUCUAGGAAAAAAGGUUCCAGUACUGCGUGCCCCCGAGUACCUCCAGGAAAAAAGCACUGCUCACAUUCACAGAAGUAGAGUGGGUUCUCAAAGCAGGCACGUCGAGUGUCAAAAGCUAAGGAAAAUAGGUUUUGAUGUAUUAAAAGAAAAAUGUAAUAACGGUGGUGAUAAUUUAUUAAAUUGCUGAUACAUUAAAAACAUACUAUAAUCUCCCUGAAAUGCAUAGUGGAAGACCUGUCUUUUUCAUUCAGGAAAAAGAGGGUGAGGGGGGCAUUUUAGCCCAUCCUACCUCUUUUCUUCACCUGCUUUUAAAAAAAAUGCUGGGGAUGGAAAAUGGGCCUGAAUGUGUGUGUAGAAAAAUCAGCUAUUUUGUUGCUCAUUUCCAACCCUAACUCUUUCUUGCCUCCUUUAAUUUGAAUGGAUGCAUAGAAUUGAAUUGGAAGGGACCCCGAGGGUCAUCUAGUCCAACCCCCUGCAGUGCAGGAAUCUCCGCUAAAUGCAUCCAUGGCAGAUUGCCAUCCAACCUCUGUUUAAAAACCUCCAAGGAAGGAGAGUUUGCCACCUCUCAUGGGAGUUUUUUCCCACUGUUAUUCUACUCUUUGGCUGCUCUCUUGGAAAUGCUGCCAGAACAUCUUAAAAUAUUGCUUAAUUUCAAUGGGCUUGCUGAUUACUGUUGGAUAUAACCCACUGUGCAAAUAUGUGUGUGAACUUCACAUAUAAUUUAUAUGUAUUCAUAAAAAUAGUGAAGAUUGUUUUUAUUCCUAAAGCACUUUGACCUUUCCUAUAAUUGAAUCUCAGAUAGACAUUUACAAGGCACUGCACUUGAGAGUUUCCAAGACACCCUCCCUGCUUACAGUUUUAUCUAUGUGUGACAAAAAGGGAGCAUAGAAAGGGCUGUGGAAAGGCAAGCAAAUUGAGGCACUGAUUCUGGCCUAAUAGGAAUCCUUGCAAUGACCUGGUGGGACGGUCACUGUGGGCGACAUUUCUGGGCAAGGAAGAGGUGCCAAACGGCUGCGUUUGUUCUCUGCUUCUGCUUUAUUAGGAGGCUGCCCACAAUUUUGUAGUCUCUUGAGGGAUGUUUCCCUCUCUUGCGCUCUCCCCUUACUCCAUUACCUCACUUACUUCAUUUGUUCUUAUCUCCCCUCCUUUCCCCUUCCAGAUGCUGCUGAACUGCCACCUCCCAUCAUCCCUGACCGUUGGCCAUGCUGGCCAUUGGGAACUGCAGUUCUGCAACAUCUGGCUGGCCCCAAAAGCCUGUUAAUUCUCCUGCAUCCAGGGGUCUUCCUCCAGCUGCUGAGCAGGGGUCUGGACUCAAACCCCGCCGCAUUCUUCCCACCCUACCAGUUGAUCAGACCCCCACAAUCUCAGAAGUGUUCCGGCUAAAAGUUCCAGAAGCAGUGUGUGUGUGGCUCUUGCAUUCCAUGGAUUUACUCCUUCCGGGAAAAUUCCUCUCUUGCCCUGCCUGAUUAGGGUCUUAAAUCUCUCCCCCUUGUUUUGUGCCUCUCUUCUACUUCCAACCUUCCCCCACAAUUGCAAAUCUUUAUGCUUUAUUCUUACCUGGUUCCGCCUGCCCCACCCUCCAAACCUUGCCCUCCCUCUGGCCGCCAGUCUCCCCUAGAUUAGAUCUGUUUGAUUCCAUCUGAUCGGUUCAGUCUCCUUUGGGAGUGGUUGGUGAUUCAUGGCUGGUUGAGCAAAUAGCUGGGAGGAGUGAAAAAUGCUCUUUUUGUCGUCAAGGCACUGAAUAAGCAUAACGUGUAUGUGUAUGUUUUGUUGCCAUCUGGUACAGGCAGGGAGAGUACCCUCAGGGCAGCCUGGCCCAUAACCUGCUCCCUCCACCAUACAGAGCAAACCAGCAAACCGUAGUCUGUGUCUGAUCACAAGAGUAACACCCUCUCCUUAGCCUAAGGUCUGGGGUGUUUGAUGAGUACACCUUGACAGGAAUCCUGGGAAAAGACAUGGAUGAGUCAAUAAUGGCUUGUCUAGCCUGAGUGCUUACAAGUCCAGUGGUGAUUUUUUAAAAAAACAAAACGGUGAAUGGCACAGACUGGUAGAGUAUGGGUGUGGUGGGGAGAGUUUGGCCCUGGAAAUCCCAUUUUCCAAAGAAUGGGGCAGCUGUGAAGUUCAGGGAGCGCUUUUUAAAUGCGAACAAAGCAGAAAACUUUGUAGACCCUUCUUCCCCAACCUGGUGCCCUCUGGACAUUUUGGAGUAUAACUCCCAACAGCUCCUAGUCCAGAACAUCUGGAGAGAAACAGCGUGGAGAAGUCCGUAGCAGGCAUGUGGUGUAUCUCCUGAUCACGUGGAACACAACAGUGGAAGGAAGGGUUGAUGAGAUGAGAUUUGCUGAAAACUGGCACUUGUUCAUUGCAUUUAUGUCCCCGCUUUCCUCAGGGCAGUGUAGGUGAAAUGGGGUGCACAAUGGCCCCGUGUGGUUGAUUAAGAUGAGAACGCAAGAGGGGCUCGCCCAAGGUCACCCAGUGAAUGGAGAUUGCAACCCAAGCCUUGUUGGUCCGCACUGCUACACCCCGCUGAGCUCACAGAGAGCGAGCGCAUUAGUCAUGCAUCAUAAGAAUUUGGGGUGUGGAAGGGAUACCAGUGGCGAAAGCACUGGAAAGAGCCUUUCUAAUUGCUUUUCAAACAGGCCAUGAAUGCUGUCUGAAAGUGCUAAAGAUGGAGAGAGCAUUAUCUUAUCUCAUGGUAUGAAGCAAUCCAGAAAUAACAGUCAUAAGAGGCGGGGUGAGGCUUGUUCCCAGACGUCAAGUGCAGUUCUACCCAGAUUUACUUGGAAGUCUGUGUCAUUUGGUUUAGUGAGGCUUCACCCCUCCAAGUAAGGAUGCAUAGUAAGCAUUGCAGCCUAAAGCUCAGCAUUGGCCCGGGUCUGUGUGUUUUUGCACCCCCUUCCCCUAAACAUCUGGGUUUCUCUGUCCCCAGAUGUUAUUGGGCUCCAGGCAUGCCUGACCAUUGGCUGAAGGGUUUUGGAGUCCGACCUCGCUGCUCUUUUCUACAAUUCCCCUCUCUACUCCAGGAAUCAACUCUUUAUUGUCAGGGGCAGGGAACGUGCGGCCCUCCAGAUGUUGCUAGAUCAGAACUUCCAUCAUUCCUCUCCCUUGGUGUUUAUGGGCGCCACAGUUAGCCACUCCUGCCAUAACGGAUCUGGGAUUCCUCCGCUCCGAGGGUAGCAAAGCUGUGACCCUUAGGGAGUGUGGGAUCGACUUGUCUCAGCCCCAGCCAGCAUGACCAGGGGGUCAGGAAUGACAGGCUGGGCAGCCCGAUGCCAUCAGGAGCGGCUCAAGUUCAGCCACCCCUGCUCAGCUCUCUGAUCGUGAGAGAGGAAUGCUGACAGUUUUCAUUUUAAAACUGAAACUGACUGUUCCCUGAAGGCAGGAGAGUGAGCCCACUUGGCUUUAGACCUGUCAAUAAAAAUGCCAAGUGAUGGUGCCGUUUCAUCCCCUCUAACCUUUUGUCCAUCUCACAAGGCAGCGAGCCACUUAACGCUAUCUCUGGAGUCACUGCUGCCAUUCUGCCUUGUUUGGCUGUCUUCCCUUUGGUCUCCCUCGCCUUUUAUCUCUCUCUUUCUGAAAGUGCUUUUCUCUUUCCCCCCUCAAUGAGCUCAUAACCCCCGUCUCCAAUAAAAGGGUGCUUGUUUACACGGGUGAAAUCCGAUGCUUCCCCUCAUUUCAGAACUGGCCGUUCUUGACCCCCGAGGAAAUGAUCUUGGAUAGAAAGAAUGGGAGCAAGGCACGCUCUGGGAAGAUGGGGGCUUUUUGUUUCCAAAAAUCCCUGCGGCCCAAGCCUUGGUAAAGAUUACCCUAAUCUUUACCCUAAGCUACUGCCCUUCCCUAAAAGUAUUUCCCUUUUCCCGUGGUCUGUUCUUCCUUCCUUCCAAUCCUCCUUUCCCAAAUUGCUCCCCUGCCAUCCCCUGUGUUAGAGCAUUUGGUCCAAUCCAGCAGGGCUCUUCUGAGCUGUCUGUCUCUCCUUUCUGCUCCCUCUGUGACACAAGGGCAGGUCAACCAAUCACUGCUGAGGGCUCCUCUGCCCCCACCAAAUCCCACGCUGGGCUCAGAUGAAGCUGCUUUGGUUUAGAAAAACGCAUAGCUGGCUCAGUUGCUCUUUGUAGUUAAGGAUGGGAUAGAGAGAAAAAUUCUUCUGCUUUUUGGGGGGGGGCAGAUGGGAAGCAGGGCUUUGUGAAGAGCAGAUGGUGGUUUUGUGCAAGAUGUUGUGUCUGGCAGUGCAACAGCAAAGGCCUUUAUGCUGUGACACACAACCUCCUAUUGAGACACCCACCCACCCCUUUUGCAGUUUCAGAACCCUUUCCCCUUUCUGAACCAAGCAGGAUGUGACCCAUGGUGUCAUCGCAUGCUUGCCAUAUGUCUCUUUUUAAAAUAAAGGCCUUGUUGGCUCCAGAUUCCUGGACAAGAGCACCUCUUUGUCCUGUUAUCAAGCGUCUCACAAGAGCCAGAAUGGAUGAAUCCCAAGCCGCAGGGUGUACGAGGGCCUGCAAAGAGUCCUCGCGUUUCACACGACUCACCUCUCCCUUCCCUUUCAGCAAAGGGUCGAAAUCCACAAGCUCCGCCAGGGGGAAAACCUGAUCCUGGGCUUCAGCAUUGGAGGCGGCAUUGACCAGGACCCCACGCAGAAUCCCUUCUCGGAGGACAAGACUGACAAGGUCAGUAUCUCGAAGGCCUUAAAAGGCGGCUGGGCUGGGCUGGUUUCGUGUAGGUCUGGCCUUGGCGUGAUUUGAGCAGCAGAGUUUGGCUGGAUCCUGAUUGCGUCCAAAAAUGCCUCUGUUGCUGUUGCUCAAAUCCACCCUGAAAAGAUCACUCUUGGUCCGGAGCCAGGCUGAUCAUGCAGGGAGCCUUUUUGAGGGGGUGGCAAUUUCUACAGGCUGUAGAGAAGACUCUGGCAGUGUAACAGGAGACUUCCAGGCAUGCCAACUCUUGUCUGUUUGAUUGGCUUUUUUUGGAGCAGACUGGUCAAGAUCCACUCACCUGGCCUGUUCUUGAGAAAGAAGACAUCUCCCCAGGCAACCAGAUAGGAAAGGCCUGGGGGAACCUUCGUCUUCCCCACUGUGGAAGAAGAAAAUGGCAAUUACUCCUUUUUCUUUUAUGCCACAAGUGUAACUGGGUAUGUGUAGACAACAGAUGGACAUUUCAAUGUGGACUAGCAACUUGCAGGGCUGUUUGGGCUUUUGCGAUCAAAAGAAUCAGUUGAUGGAGCUUACAAAAGCCCUGGUACAGGGAUGGCCAGGUGGCUCUGAGGAUGAACGAGCAGGGAGGACAGAGGAUUUGGCCCUGGCUUUUAUAAACUAGAUCUCUCUGUAGUGUUUGCUUACUCUUGUGCAAGCCCCUCUGGAGGGUGGCUGUCUGGAGUUGCUUAGCAGAGAUUCCACUGGCUGAAGCCUUCCUCUCUCCACCUCACUUCUUGUCAUUGAGCAGAGAAGCAGAAAGCUCUUCACAGAGCUGCCUCCAGUAAGCCAAAGGGAUCUUUCUCAGACACCCUCACUUCUGGGCAACCUUCUGAGAGCCACAUGGGCAAGGGUGCAAUUUUUACUUUUUGUAUGGCAGGCUUAUUUCUGCAUUCAGUCACGCAUCCCUCUCUACCCUCGGUCCAGACAGUCGAGAGGCAUGAUCAGAGUUCAAGGACACAUUUUUACCCAGGCAAAAGCCCGCAAAGAGGGUAUGAAGUAGGUCUGGUGAGGGUUGUGUCCUGGGGAAGAGUCCUGAGUGCCUGAUCGAGAAGUAUGGAGGGCUGCAUCUGGCUCCUGAAGGUUUCCCACCGGUGAACGAAGUCAUCUAGAGCCGAUCAUGCAAGUGGAUCAGGGCCUUGUCACAAAAUGAGCCUGGAACUACCUCCCCACCUCCAGUUCUCAUUUCAUGUGCAUGUCCAGUGAGGGACCCGGCCAACUCCUGAGACCUCCGUGGUGGUAUCUUUAUGCAGUCCAUCUUUUUCUCCUCUCAGGGCAUUUAUGUGACCAGAGUGACGGAAGGUGGCCCCGCCGAAGUGGCCGGCCUCCAGGUCGGAGACAAGAUCAUGCAGGUAAAUCCCAGAAUGGUUUAAGAAGCAGCAGGGGGGCGUCCCAUUAUUUCUUCCACUGCCAGGCUUUCCAGGUACUAGUUUUCCCAUUUAAAGUGUGAGAGGUUAGGCUGAGAGGUCAUGACUGGCACAGGGUGCUUCAUGGAUGAGUGGGGAUUUGAACCCUGGUCUCUCAGGUGCAGGCCUAACACCCUAACUGCUACACCACGCUAGUGACUCUUCUGAGUGGUCUGUUUUUAUGGACUCAAAUUAAAGCUUUAAUCACUCCAUCCUGUGAAUUAAGUUGCUGAAGACCUUCCUUACGAGGCAAAACAAAAACACAGAAAGCUGCCUUAUAUAUACUGAGUAUAUAUCUAGCUCAUUAAUGUCUACACGGACUGGUAGCAGCUCUCCAGGGCUUCAGGCAGGGGGCAUCUCUGUCAUUCCUGGAGACACUAGGGAUUAAACACGGGACCUUCUGCAUACAAAGCAGAUAUUCAAACACAGCUGCUGUUUUAUUAUUUAUUUAAUUUAUAUCCCCCUCUUCCUCACAAAGGAACCCCUAGAAACAAAACCAAGACUCCAGUCCUCAUGAUUCUUAAUUAAGGGGUGAUUUAAAUAAGAAGCUGUCAUAUACUGAUCAUUUCCCCAUCUAUUGGCUCUCCAGAGUUUCAGACAUUUCCUCGCUCUAUACCUGGAGAUGAGCGAUUGGACCUGUGACCUUCUAGAUGCAAAGCAGAUGCUUUACCACUCAGCUACAACUCUUCCCCUGAAUUUAGGGCUGCACGGGUUAGAAAAAAGUUGGAGGAGACAUGUUAAAGGAGUCAUGUUUAAAACUAGAACCCGUGAGAUUAUUGGACCAGGAUCCAGAAAGCUCAUUGCUGGACCUUGGGCCAGUCACUCACAGCCUUACGUGCCCUGCUGGGCUGUUGCAAUGAUAAAUGGCAGCGCAAGAAUCUUGUACACUACUUUGAGCUCCUCAGAGGAGAGAUGGGAUGCCAAUGUAAUAAAGAGCGGCAUGGAGAAUUCUAGCCUGAUACUAACAUCCACAUUCACACCAUGAAGCUUACUAGAAAUCAGGCUGAGGGAAGCCGCAAAGUAAGAUUAAAGCAUUCUGUUCACUUCCACAAAGAAUGUGGUGCUGGCCUUUUGUUUGGUUUUAGAAGUGUUUUCACCCAGAUUUGUUGAGGUCUGUGGGUGAUGGUUGUGGUGGUGGAACAGAACUUGCAUGUGCAGGCAGAAACCACCCCUGGAUGUGGGGCGUUAGGAACUGGCUCCCAGCUUCUGACUGCCAAUACCCCUUGGUUGGCUGUCCUGGUGCUCCUGGUAUGCUUUGAAUUGGUGGUGGGCCUUUCCUCAAGCAACGCUGCAAAUGUAUUGCAGGUGAACGGCUGGGAUAUGACGAUGGUGACCCACGACCAAGCCCGGAAGAGGCUGACCAAGAGGAACGAGGAAGUGGUCCGCCUCCUGGUGACCAGGCACUCCCUACAGAAAGCUGUGCGGGAGUCCAUGAUGUCCUAACCGUGCCAUUGAGUUGGGGGGGGGGAAUGGAUAAUCUCCAACAGGGUGGGCAGGAUGCUGAUCAGGGACCACAGCCAGCUGGGCUUGGAAGACUGCUGCACCCCCCCCCCCACUGCAGAAAAUCCCUUCCACAAAGGAGGUGCCAUCUUUGUUGAGAGACUCGCCCCUCUUUCGGUUGUACUAAAAUGGCACCAGUGCAGUAGCAGUUUGACCUGGCAGGAUCAGCAGCUAUGGAUGGGCGUGGGGAUCCUGUAUUCCUUGCUUCCCCAGGUGUUGUUGGACUGAUCCUUCAGCUGAGGCUGCUGGGAGUUGGAGUCUAGCAACAUUUGGAGGGCCCCUGGUUCCCCACUCCAGUCCAGCAGGGGUCAAAGUGAGUUGCUCCCUUGGGUGGCAACACUGAUACCAGCUGUGCAGGGAAAUGUUUUGGCUUAAGGACCGACCCUUGUAUGUAACCUGCCCUGACCUUCUCUUGCACAAAUGGACGGCAUCCAGCUUCUCCUGAUCGUCUCCUGAUUUCUCUUCCUAAUGCUGGCUGAGUUCCAAGCCUAGAGAGCCUUCGCCAUACAGCCAGGGGGAAGGAGUGGGGAGGGAUAUGGGGGUUGGGCGGGACAGUUUUACAAGCUCCAAUACCUUAGCUCCUUUAGAGUGUCCUCUAACAUAAAAUGCGUCCUGGGAAGCUCUUUGUGGCUUAAACACCAAAGGCUCUUAAGACUUGUCAUUUUGCAGAAAGCCCACAUUUCAAUUUUUAUAGCAAAGGCAUUCUUGUAAAUAACCUUGUUCCCUCCGUGUGUGUCCUCAUUCUAGUUCUAAAGCUUAGGUUGAAGAUAGCAAAAACAGCCCACAGGAGAGAGAGUCCAAGCCUACUCUUGAAACUUGGGAUGCACGGAUUAAGCUGAAACCUUCUGUUGUGCCAAAGCGCCGUGUGCGAGUCCCCUUUCAACCUGUACGUGGCAAAUUAGUGGCACCCUGGACUGGAAGUGCUGAACUGUAAAAUGAUGAUAAAUAACAAUAUAGGCCUUUUACGCUAGAGUUAUUUUAAUCAGGGGUGGCUCACCUGUGGCCCCCUGGAUUUCACUGGACUCCAGCUCCCAUCAUCCCUGACUCUUGGCUAUACUGGCUGAAGGCAGCUGGGAGUUCAACCCCUCUGGGUGCCCGUGGGGGGGCACCAGUCUUGUAACUGGAAACCUCUCCGAUUCUCUUCCGUGUUUAUCUCCGUUGAGAUCAGGGAGCCUGUUGCAUUCCAACACCCAUCAGCCCUGCUCCAAGGGACGGGUCAUAAGAGCUGGGGGUCCCCCAAAAGGCCUGGAAGGUCACAGAUACCCCACUGUCAUGCUAGGUCUUUUUCUGGGGCAGAAGCCUUAAAUCAUGCUUUGGGAGGGCUAUCGCUCCCCCAGAAUUGUCUUCCCAUACCUGCUUGAGGGAACAGCUGCAUUUGUGAAGUUUGUCCAAAGGGCAAGCGGUCUGGAUCUUUUAGAGGGCUGAAGGCAUCUCCCUGCCACACUCUUCCAGCGGUUUAUCCUAGUACACCCAUUUUGAUUGAUCUUGUAUACGGCCUUUCUGGAAUUUGCUUCCAAUCACAGUUUUUGUAUUAAAUGUAACGGUCCACAAUACUUUUUCUUUUUUUAAAUCCACUGUAAAUAAGCCCUUCUCUCUCCCUCCCCCGCAAAGUUUGUACCUCUAACUUAUUUCAGUAUAUUACUGCUAUUCCACUUUUGUGCUGAUUUUACUUCAGUGAUGUUAACCUUCAAGCUGAAAAGAAGUUGCCAGUCUUGUCAAAUACCACUAGAUGCCUCUUAAAUCACUGCAUUUUGUACUUUGAUGAUGCCAAGGUAGUUUAGGGACUUCCUCUCUUUUGGCAGGCUUCCGUGAGGAAGCCUUGGCAGGGCGGGGCGGGGCGGGGCUUGCAUGUUCAACUGUUUCGUUUUUUUGUAAGGGAGGGGAGCAAGCAACUGUACAGCUCUGCUGCGUCUCAUUUUACACAAUAAAAGGAAGCUGGAUUUUCUGUC